GUUACAUUUAUUAAGAGUCAUUCAAAAAUACCAAAUAAAAGUGAUUUAUCAACGGACGGAAACUUAUGUCGGUUUUAUUUCAUGAGUCAAAAAACAAACAUAACUAAACUUUAAACAAGCGCUCAAGAUACACUUCUAUAAAGUCGUAGCCGUGGUGUAAACGAUGUGCCGUUAAGGCUGGCAUGUUUACAGUUGUCCUUGGAUAUUAAUAUUCUUCUGUUUACUGUUUACAUGUCGGUUAAUGUUCUUAGGCAGCGUUAGCAAACUUUGUUUUCUUUUUACAAUAAAUGCGACACAAACAUUACACCAUCUGUAACGUUCCCAUACGCACAACAUCUUGAGUUUGCUAAAUGAUUAACUAGAGACCAUCAUGUGAGACAAUGGCGAUCAACUCCCUAUAUCAUCGAUAAUUGCUGAUAAUAGGUUGGAAAAGCGCGUCGUUUUCCAUAAGGCAUAACGUUUUCGGAAUCUUUAGAGGUUUUCUUGAAACGAUUGGUAACUGUUUUUGUUAAUUUGUAGUUUACAAAAAUGAAAGUUAGUAAAUUGAAGAUGCAGGGUGUUAUAUUAUUGUUUUGUGCUUUAUUUCUGUGUGUGUUGGCCAGUUCUAAUGAUGAAGUAACUGUCAGUCCGGCUAUCACGCAGCCUUGUCGUCCAUAUGACUCCUGUCAGAAACGUUGUGUGAAAAAACAGAUAGCUCUUAACCAGCAGAUCAACGUCACGUUGGGUCAUUUAAAUUGCCUCUGUGAUCAAGAUUGCGAAACUUUCGGGGACUGCUGUUGGGAUUAUCAAACUGAAUGUGUUCCGCGCCCUGGAGGAGAUUCUAGUGGUCAACCAUCAGCGGAAGGAACUCCAAAAAGCACCAAAUAUGCAAAACCAAGCAACAAUGCAUUCGAAUGCGUCGUCGUUGACGAUUUUUCGAAAGGUUCUUACUGGAUGAUUACGAAGUGUGAUGCGAAUUGGCCCGAUGACGUCACACGACAUAAGUGCACGGAGAUAACAAACACCAAUUUCGCGAGCAAGCUCCCCGUCUUAGGGUCAACAGGUUGGACUUACCGCAACGCCUUCUGUGCUCAGUGCAAUUACGUGGAGGAUAUUAGCUUUUGGUCGCUGAAGGCUCAAUGCGUUCGCAGCGCACCCGACGAGGUUCUCUCUGGCGACCCAGACAUGAUAUCGUAUUACUUCAAACACUUCUGCAGCACUGAAGUGAUGCAAGAUUCAGUGGAAAACCGAAAAGAUGGAAAUCAGAUUUGGAAUCGAGAGAAAAUUGUCCGCGAGACAAUCAAGUGGAAACGGUCACUAAGAUCUUGCGAAAAAUCGCUAAUUCAAACGUGUCCAAAAAACACUAGCAAAAGCGCAUCCGAAGCUUGUGCCAGCUACCAGUCAAUUAUUAUUGCGCGAAGCAAAAACGAUCCGGACGAUGAAGUUUUAUUUAAAAAUCCAAUAUGUGCGAUGUGCCACGGUUAUACGUUGAACGACCUGCAACACAUUGUUAUUCAACCGAAAGUAAAAGAUACAAGAGACAGUGAACGAAACAUGUUUUGCCCGGUGUGGAUCUGGACAAAAUAUUACGACAAAGCUUUUUGGACUCUCGACAGCGCUUCCACCAACCAAAAACUUCUUCCUGCUUUUAAUAAUAACUACAAAACAAGCAGUUGGGCACCACCAUCAUUUGCAGUGCUGAUGCGAUUUAAAGAGGACGGUUCUAUUGAAAUGGUGUACGACGAUGGAAUGUCGACUGUGACGAUACCACCGAAACAGGAAUGCAACGUUAGUGAGAUCUACGAUCCAUUCUACGGUCACUGUAGAUACGUUUUCUGCACGAAUGGUCUAACUUUCACAGAAAAUGGAUGUGUCGACGCUUCUGCAUCGAACGCAGUUACGACAGUUCCAAGUUUGAACUCCACUCAUACGAACAUGACAAUCACAGACAAUGCGAUCGCUGCCACCAUAACUGUUACAAUCCAAUUACCAAUGGCUGACUUCACUAACGGUUUUAAUUCCACAUACGAAGUUGGUGACUCCGUGGUGAAAGUUUUCGAAGGUGUCUUGAAUACAAGCACCGUGAACGCAACUGUUAAUGAGCAAGAAAAAUCGUUGAACGAAAGCGAUGAAUCAGUGAACGUGACCGUGUCUUUUAUAAUUGUGUCACCUGGUAACUACACACAAGAAGAAAUAUUAGAGAUUACAGACGCUCUUUUCGAAAAAAUGCCAUUCCAAGAAAUGACAAUACGAAACAACAUCGUCGUAAUCUCAGUGGUUGAAAGUAAAGAUAAUAAAGUUGCACUACGAUGCAGUGAGGAUUCGUACAAACUGAUAUACAACUAUUCACAAUAUAUUACUACGAAUUACGAUGGAGAUGAAAUCAUUUUCGUAAAUGAGACAGAAUCAUACUACAUGAACGGCGAAUACCAGAUGCUGGAUUGGAGAAUCACUAUAACAGAGGAUGGAACUUCGUACAGUUCACUGGCGGAUUCAAGAGUUGCAGUUUGCGAAUUGUUAGUAGAACCGCCAUUACCGCCAGUGUGUAACAUAUAUUUGCCCUUGAACCAAUCUGAAUAUGUUGUCCUCGCCAAUGGUUCGCUUUGGAUGGAAGAUCGACAGUUGCUGAUCGACCCAGACACUUACAUUCCCUUUGGGGAUUCCGUGGCUGUUUGCAUCGAUGGCUACACCCCACCAGAAGACAUUUCUUCGAACACCGUUGACACCGAAACAGAAAUAGAUCCAGUGGUUGAAAUUAUCAACUGGUGUACCUUCGGUCUCACUUUAUUUUCUCUCCUCUCUCUGUUCCUAACGUUUCUGACUUACCUAUUCUUCAGUGAACUACGGACAGUGGCGGGUCGGAAUCUAAUCAACUUAGUUGUCGCAUUAUUCGCUUCCCAACUCUUGUUCCUGAUUGGAUCAGAAUGGACCAACCCACCUUCUGUGUGUACCAUGUUCACCAUACUUCUACAUUAUCUGUUUCUCGCCACAUUUUUCUGGAACAACGUCAUGGCCUACGACGUUUGGUUGACGUUUGGACAAGGCAUUGACAAAACAUUCCGUCGCUCCGUUUUGAAUCGUCCUUCGAUUGGUGGUCACAACUCUUUUAUUCGACGAACACAGAUCAAAUACAUGUUCUACGGUUGGGGCAUGCCGGGUUUAUUUGUGGGUGUGUGUGCCAUACUUGAGUUCUGCGUCCCAACCAUAUAUUUUGGUUAUUCUUACGACCCGUCGGUACCAAUAUGUUGGAUAACUAACCCCACAGCAAAUUUGAUUGCAUUCGGCGUGCCACUGGGAGCAAUACUAGUGUGCAAUUCUGUCUUCUUUGUUCUUUCAAUCGUCUCGAUCAGGAAAGUGACGUCAAAGAAAUACAGAAAACGCUACAGCGAAAGCGUUCCGCCUCUGCGACAUGAUAGCAGGUUGCCUUCGUUUAAAAUCCCUGAAACAUUGAACGAAGCUCCACCAUCGUCACCAACGUCAGAUCCAGACGACGAGGUUUUCACCCAAGUACCUUCACCGAGCAUCCCAACUCGCUUUCAAUUCACCACACAAAGAUUGCCACGCCGAAGACACGCCAGUACAGGCUCGAUGGUAGCAUACAAGCAAUCUAUGGGACUCGCACGAGUCAAUAUCUUGCUUUAUGUUAAAAUGUCAAGCGUAAUGGGCUUCACUUGGGCCCUCGGCUUUGCGGCUGUGGUAGCUGAAACUCCGGUGCUGUGGUAUAUAUUUGAGAUAUCCGUUCCAUUGCAAGGGGUUUUUAUACUCGUGUCCUUCGUAUGCAAGCGUCGAAUACUGAAACUGUACAGUGCUAAGUUCGGAUGCGCCCCAAAGCCCGGUAUUACUGGUCAUACAUACAACCAAGAUAAAGGGUUCAAGGUCAAACUACGCAAGAUUUUCUUUCUUCCCAUCAGUAGAAACCAAGAAAGUGGGUCAUGAAUUUCCUUGUAUCGUGUUGUCUUGUAAAAAACUUUUCUGGCAAUUUAGUCUCACAAAGACAUGCCAAUCAGGUCGUAUUCGACAGGGUAAAUGACAGACAAGCUAUAUAGUGUUAACAAUUACCAGAAGUGCUUUUUUCUUAGUGUUACAAUGUCUGGCAGAAACAGUGUAUUAUUCCUUCGUUUCAUUUUUAAUAUUCGCUUCUAAUCGGUGGUUUAAGUUUUAAAUGUCUUGCAUCGGCUUAAAAAUAUAUUACUGUGGGGUGAGAUGGGAUAUCGUUAGUACCCAACUUCUUAACUGUUGCUUUAAAACAAACAAUAAUGCAAUAAUGCCCUACGCGGGGUGACAGUUAUAAAUCUGUAAAUGUUCUUGGUUUAUCGUCAAAUGGGACAAGAAAAGAAAAACAUGUUUAAUCUUCUCCCACCCUAAGAAUAGAGCUUCUCUCAAAAUCCAGUUCAAACCUGAUGCUGUAAAUGCGCAUUUCUUUCUUUUCAGCUUUGUAGUUGUAUGAAGAAUUAAAUCAGUUAUCGACCAAA